GGCACCGUCAGGCGGGGGCGCGACAAGGGGUGCUGGCGAGGCCCUCAAGCUGAGGGCAGACAGCCGCGGGGGGUGAGGGUAACUUCUUCCAGAACCUUCCUUUGGCCCGGGCUGCGCUCUGAGCCAGGGCCCCCAUUCGUAUUCGGGUAUUCGGCGGCGGGGUCGCAGGAUGGAAACGCGCGUCCCCGAGGCUGUGUAGCUGGAGCCGCGGAAGUCAGUGGGCGGAGAGCGCUGCGGGCCGCCGUGGGCUCGGCCGUGGACGUUGACCGCCCCCUCGGAGAGUCGGUGCAGACAUGGCGGAGAGCUGGCUACGCCUCUCCGGAGCAGGGGUAGCGGAGGGGGCCGGGCCGGAGGGCGGCCUGGAGGAGCCCGAUGCGCUGGACGACAGCCUGACCAGCCUGCAGUGGCUGCAGGAAUUCUCCAUUCUCAACGCCAAGGCCCCUGCCCUGCCCCCGGGGGGCGCCGACCCCCAUGGCUACCACCAGGUACCAGGCUCGGCCGCGCCAGGGUCCCCCCUGGCGGCAGACCCAGCCUGCCUGGGGCAGCCGCACACGCCAGGCAAGCCCACGUCGUCGUGCACGUCCGGGAGCUCGCCCUCUGGGCUCCAGGCUCCGCCCCCCGACGACGUGGACUACGCCACGAACCCGAACGUGAAGCCACCCUACUCCUACGCCACGCUCAUCUGCAUGGCCAUGCAGGCGAGCAAGGCCACCAAGAUCACCCUGUCGGCCAUCUACAAAUGGAUCACGGACAACUUUUGCUACUUCCGCCAUGCUGAUCCCACCUGGCAGAACUCCAUCCGCCACAACCUGUCCCUCAACAAGUGCUUCAUCAAAGUGCCCCGGGAGAAGGACGAGCCCGGCAAGGGGGGCUUCUGGCGCAUCGACCCCCAGUACGCCGAGCGCCUGCUGAGCGGGGCCUUCAAGAAGCGGCGGCUGACCCCGGUCCACAUCCACCCAGCCUUUGCCCGCCAGGCCGCGCAGAAGCCCAGCGCCGCCCCGUGGGCCGGGCCGCUGGCCGUGAACACCGAGGCCCAGCAGCUGCUGCGGGAGUUUGAGGAGGCCACGGGGGAGGCGGGCUGGGGUGCGGGCGAGGGCAGGCUCGGGCACAAGCGCAAACAGCCGCUGCCCAAGCGGGUGGCCAAGGUCCCGCGGCCGCCCAGCACCCUGCUGCUGACCCAGGAGGAGCAGGGCGAGCUGGAGCCCCUCAAAGGCAACUUCGACUGGGAGGCCGUGUUCGACGCCGGCGCCCUGGGCGGGGAGCUGGGCACGCUCGAGGCCCUGGAGCUGAGCCCGCCGCUGAGCCCCGCCUCGCACGGGGACGUGGACCUCACCGUCCACGGCCACCACAUCAACUGCCCUGCCACCUGGGGGCCUUCCGUGGAGCAGGCCGCCGACAGCCUGGACUUCGACGAGACCUUCCUGGCCACGUCCUUCCUGCAGCACCCCUGGGACGAGAACGGCAGCGGCUGCCUGCCCCCGGAGCCCCUGUUUGAGGCCGGGGACGCCACCCUGGCCGCCGACCUGCAAGACUGGGCCAGUGUGGGCGCCUUCUUGUAAGAUGCCAGGCCCCGCCCCACCUCCAGACAGCACCCAAGUCAGGGCCCAGACUGACCCCCACACAGGCCCACGGAACCCGACUGCCCAGACGGAGGCUGGGCCAAGUCUCCGAGGCUGGCCCCACGAGGCCACACACCCCACCCCCCCAGCCCAGGCUGCCCUCUGCUUCCAGCCCCGGAGGCUGAGAGCUGGGGCCCAGGACCAGAACUGCUGUCUCCCCUCCCAGCCCCGCACGUGCGCAGUGUUCCACCGACCCCCCUCUCCAGGCCCCAGGGACCGGCUAAGGAGCCCCGCACGGUGACAGCCGUGUGACCUGGAGGGGCCCUGGCCAGGCUGGGGAGCUAGAGGACCAGGGCCCCUGUCCCUGAGCACCUCAGCUUCAAAGAUUCUCCCUCUCCCACUCUCCUCCCCAGGUCUCUAUCCAGAGAAAGUUCCCAGGUACAACACAUGCUAAUUAGGUGACUGCAAAUUAACCCCCUGGAGGCCUCUCAGGGCAAAGCCUCCCCGGGGGCUGGGGAGGAACGGGCGGGCGUUAGAGGGGAGGGCAGACGAGCUGCCCACAAGGAGGCCAGGUGCCUGCUGGGGCGGGGAAAUGUUCUCACAGUCUCUGCAGUCCCCUCCUGGCCCCUCUUGAGGGGGGCGGCGGGGCAGAGGGUAGCAAUCCCUAAUCUUUGAGCCCAACUGGAGGCUGAGAGCAGCAAGGAGUUGGGGUUCGGGGGAGUUAGGGGCAGAGGCAGCCGAGCCGUGGGGGGCGGGGCGGGCACAGACAGACUAACCUAGCGGGCGUAGCGCGUAGCUGAGCUUUAACAGGGAGGGACGCCCAUCCUCCCGGAGCCACCGGGACCGAGAAGUGGCGGGGGUCGCCCCGGGCCCCUGCCUGCGCUGUGGGAGGGGGUGCGCAGCUCCACCCAGAGCACCCCAGGCUGCGGCGUCCCGAAUCCACUCUCCUGCCCCAUGGGGCAGUUUAACCUUUUUCAUGGAAAAUUAUUUGCAAUAAAAAUUUUUUGAAAAUAA